AAAGUAGGAGAUUGCCGACCAGACAGCGGCGGCGACUGACUGGCAUUGCCAACCAACGCGACAUCGCUCCACAGUCGCGCUUGUGAUCCCAUCGUCUACGACGACGACGACGACGACGCGCUAGCAGCAGUAGCAGCAGUCGCAUUUUGCACGUCCAACCCCCCCAGGGGCACGCGAGCCAGGAUCCAUCUUCCCUUCUCUCACCCACGUCCCCAGUGCACCACACCAUGAGCGGCAACAACACCUCGCAGACGCUGUACGCCUGCUCGAGAUGCUUCUCCCGACAUCCCUUCGAGGAACUGUCCUCGGGACAGCAGCUCUGCAAGGAAUGCAGAGGUACCUUCCCUGUUGUCAAAUGCACAUACUGUCGAUCAGAAUUUCAACAGACUAUGAAAGGAAAUACAAGCACGAUUUGUAAGAAAUGCGAGCAGAAUGUUAAGGCAUAUGGUAAACCAUCAGCGUGCGAAUAUUGUAAUACUAUAGCUGCAUUUAUUGGAAGCAAAUGUCAAAGAUGUACAAAUUCUGAAAAGCGAUAUGGACGACCCGUCACUUGUGAACAAUGUAAACAAAAAUGUGCCUUUGACAGACAUGAUGAAGAUAAAAAGGUUGAUGGUAAAUUACUCUGUUGGCUGUGUACAUUAUCUUAUAAACGAGCUUUGGCACGAACCAAGCAAACUGAAUCGGAAAGAAAAGCACAUAUGAAAAUGGUACAACAAAGAGCUGCUAAGCACAAAGAACAAAAACUAAAAGGUCAUAAUAAAAGGCCUCACAGAGUAGAUGUUACAAAACUUCCACCACUUUCUGAUACAACUGAUAAUAAUGGUCCUACACCUAUUAAAGCUGCAAGAAUGGCUGGUGUACACGAUCCACAUGACCCUAACAUUUCAGACCAUGUAGUUGCUGUGACAUCUUUGAAAGAAAAAAUUGCCAACUUACAAAAACAGAUCAGUCAAAAAGAUGGACAAUUAUUAGCCAAAGAGAAACAGAUAACGGAAUUGAAAGCUCACAAUUUUACGGCAGAAACUGAGCUUAGAAAUAGAAUGAAAACUUCAGAGAAAGAAUAUGAAAAUAAAAUUUCUAACAUGCAAUCAAAAAUUACUAAUUUGUUGAAAGAAGUGGCAACUUUAUCAAAAAGUACAAAAAGAGAAAGAUUAUCUCUUAAUAAAAGUGAUAGAGCUGACAGAGGUGAUAAAAAUGAUAGAGGUGAUAGAGGUGGUGAUAAAAGUGAUGUGAAGAGUGAAACUGGGACCAACAGUGAGAGUGGUACAGAUAGCCCUGUGCCCUAGUAAGGUGUAAAAUGUUAAUUUCUGCUUUUGAGCUGCAGUGUGGAAAAAUAACUCACAUAACUUUCAGGCUGUACAAAACAGUUUUGACUUUCCAAGAAAAUAUUAAAAACUCAUUUACAGUUUGCAGUGGUCAAAGUUAUAUUUUAUCAUUUUUCAACUAUAAGUAAAUAAAUAUUAUUUUUCUAAUCAUUAUUUUCAUAUGCAAAUUAUUCCUUUUAAAAAUCAUUUUUAGAAACAUUGUAAUUUAUCUAAUAACGUCUAACAGAUGCAUAGAUAACUCUGUAAUUAUUUCACUAGCAGAAAAUUGUAGCAUUCUCUUUUAACUUUUUUUCAUGUUUAAUAUAAUAAUUAAUUAUAUUAUUAUUAUUACUAUCAUUAUCAUUAUUAUAAUUACAAUUAGUAGUACUAUUUCUAUUAUUACUAAAAUAAAAUUCUGUAUCUUCUUAGAUAGACCAAGUAUCAACUCUUGUACAUUGAACAUUUUAACUUAACAAUGAACUAUAUGAAAUGCAUGAAAAUGUUGAGUUUAAUCGAAGCAAUUACAAUUGCUCAUGGACUUAGUGAAAACAUUUCUAGCAUGGUGAUGGUGCUUCAAAAUGUUCAUGAAGUAAUAUCUUGUGUGCGUAUUCUUUGACAAUGAUUUCGCAAUGAAAAGUUGAAAGGCCACUACUAACAAUUCAAUGAAGAAGCUAGAGAUGUCUUUCCACAGGUUUAAUAAAAAUAUAACGAUAAAUAUUGUGAAUAUUUGUCAAUGAUCAGAUAGUUUAAUUUAAUAAUGGUGAACACUGCAUCGAUAGAUUAUCUUGUAGAAUUUUGUGUAUACUGCGAGUAAAGAGCGGCUGUUGAUCCUAUUUUAUUACUCCUAAUGAUUAAGCAUAAAAUUCAUGUAUGUCAAUGGCCAGUGGCCAAUUCACUUUGGUGAAUAAUUGUAGAAAAAUUGCAAUAAAUAUGUGAAAAGAAA